AUGGCGUCUUCUUCCACCACUUUCGCCAUCGCCACGCUCCUCUUCGCUGCUUUGUUCGCUCCUGCAAAAUCCGCAAACCAAAGCAGCCCGGGCUCAUUCUGCCCCACCGCGCUCUUCACCUUUGCAGAUUCUCUCAGCGAUGGUGGCAACCGCGACAUCGAAGGUGGCGGCAAGACUCUCUCGGGCAGCUACCCCUACGGCGUCACCCUCGAGUUCAAUGGCACCGAGUUCGUCAGCCUCGACUUCGCCUACGCUGGAGCCACGGUGCUCCAGGUCGAGAACCAGCCAUUCUCGAGCCCCCACAUCUUCUCGGCCCAGGUUGACGAUUUCGUGCGCCACCAGCAGACCGUGGUUGCGCGCAAUGGCCGCGAGCAGAGCGAGCCGUGGUACGAGAAUGCGCUCUUCUACGUCGAGAUUGGAGGAGACGACAUCAACUUCGCGCUGCCGCUGGGAACCGACACGGUGAUCAAUCACACCAUCCCGGCCGUGAUCCAGGGCAUCGCCACGCUUUACAACCACGGCGCUCGCCAUGUCCUGCUCUUCAAUAUGCCCCGCGCGGAUUGCUCGCCAAACUAUCUCCAGGCCUUCCAGCAGUACCCCGCCGGGACAUUCCACUACGACAACGAUGGUUGCAUUGUGGAGGUCGGCCAGCUUAUCUCCUACUUCAACUCCAACAUCCAGAGGCUGGCGACCGAGCUCGCGCAGAACUACACGGGCCUCAAUGUAUACUACUCCGACUGGUUCGCGGCAAACACGUACGUCAUGGAGAACAUGAACCAGUAUGGAUUCACGAACGCGCUCCAGUCGUGCUGCGGCGGCGGUGGCAAGUUCAACUGUAAUGGUGAUGGGCUAUGCGGCUGCGCUCCACUGAACGAGCCCAAUGUGACUUACACGGUUUGCAACGAUCCCAGCCAGUACUUCACCUUCGAUGGAAUCCACUACACGCAGCACUUCUACCAGAUCAUGUCCGACUUUAUCAUCGCCGGGCAGUACCUCACGCCGUCGGUGAAGCUUUGCAAGGCCGUCAAUGAGCCUGAAGGUCCUCUCUAA